AUUACUUUAAAUCAUGCUUACUCCGUGUGUGGAACAGCUGACUGAUGAUUUGAAUGCAUGUGCAAGUUGCUCUAUCUUUCCACACUCUUGACUCAGAAAUGUGGUGCACAUAAUUUCAUUUAGAUUAAUCAGUGGAGGGAUAUGACAUCUCGGCCGGGUUUUCUUUAUAUACAUACAUACAUGAAAAUGCAGGUUGGGAUUGGGAUUGUCUGAGUUGCAUUAGAACUCUUCAUUUUUGGGAGAUGGAGAAUGAGAGGGUCAAACAUGUGGAGGGAGGAAAUGGAUUGGGAUUGGAUGAUGAAAGGGAAGAAAUGAUGAUGAAGAAAGAAGAAGGGCUGUCUAUAGAGAGGAUGUUUGAGAACCAGACAGUGCCGUCGUGGAGGAAACAGCUGACAUUCAGAGCCUUCGCCGUCAGCUUCGUGCUGUCGGUGGCCUUCUGUUUCAUUGUCAUGAAGCUCAAUCUCACCACCGGCAUCAUACCAUCACUCAAUGUCUCGGCUGGCCUGCUUGGAUUCCUUUUUGUCAAGAUUUGGACUGAGGGGCUCGCCAAAUCCGGCAUGCUCAGGCAGCCCUUCACCCGUCAAGAAAACACUGUCAUCCAGACCUGCGUCGUCGCCUCCUCCGGCAUUGCCUUCAGCGGAGGUUUUGGGAGUUAUCUGUUUGGGAUGAGCCAACGGAUAGUUGAACAAUCAGAACACAAAAAAGAUGGCUUGGACUACAUGAACCCGAGGCUGGGUUGGAUGAUUGGCUUUCUCUUUGUUGUUAGCUUCCUCGGCCUAUUCUCUGUGGUUCCUCUCCGGAAGAUCAUGAUCAUAGACUUCAAGUUAACUUAUCCCAGUGGAACAGCAACCGCUCAUCUUAUCAACAGCUUCCAUACUCCGGAGGGGGCCAAACUAGCCAAGAAGCAGGUCAGAUCACUGGGCAAGUUUUUCUCCUUCAGCUUCUUAUGGGGCUUCUUUCAAUGGUUCUUCACUGCUGGCGAAGACUGUGGUUUCGCAAGCUUCCCGACUUUUGGAUUGAAAGCAUAUAAAUACAAGUUUUUCUUUGAUUUCUCAGCAACAUAUGUUGGAGUGGGAAUGAUUUGCCCUCAUAUCAUAAAUAUAUCUCUACUGGUGGGAGGAAUACUUUCUUGGGCUAUUAUGUGGCCACUCAUUGAAACCAAAAAAGGAGAUUGGUAUCCUUCUGAUUUACCUUCCAGCAACUUACAUGGUCUUCAAGGUUACAAGGUAUUUAUCGCCAUCGCUUUGAUACUUGGUGAUGGCUUGUACAACUUCUUCAAGGUGCUGAGCCAGACGAUAGCUGGUUUGUUUACCAAGCUUCAAGAAAGAAACAGAAAUCAACAAAUCCCAGUUACAGAGAAUUCUUCUUCCCCUUCCAGCAAGUCUCAGAGUUAUGAUGACCAGCGCCGCACACAGCUCUUUCUCAAGGAUCAAAUACCGGCGUGGUUUGCGAUUUCAGGAUAUGUCGCCAUUGCUGCAGUCUCUACUGCAGUACUUCCCCACCUCUUCCACCAACUAAAAUGGUACUACAUAAUCGUCAUCUACAUUUUCGCGCCAGCAUUAGCCUUCUGCAAUGCCUUUGGGUGUGGGCUCACAGAUUGGUCGCUAGCAUCAACAUAUGGAAAGCUUGCCAUCUUCACAAUAGGAGCGUGGGCCGGCGCCUCUAAUGGAGGAAUUCUUGGAGGGUUAGCAGCAUGCGGUGUGAUGAUGAACAUCGUUUCCACGGCCUCUGACCUCAUGCAGGACUUCAAGACAGGCUACUUAACCUUGGCCUCUCCCCGCUCCAUGUUUGUGAGCCAAGUGAUAGGCACGGCAAUGGGAUGUGUGAUUUCCCCGUGCGUGUUCUGGAUAUUCUACAAUGCCUUUCCAGACCUCGGUCUACCCUCGAGCGAAUAUCCAGCUCCUUAUGCCACCGUGUACUACAACAUAGCUAAGUUGGGGGUCGAAGGCUUUUCUGCGCUGCCAAAUAACUGCCUCAACUUAUGCUACGGCUUCUUUGCAGCAGCCAUUUUCAUCAACCUGAUCAGGGAUGGCGUGGGAAAGAAAAGGGCCAGGUUUAUCCCACUCCCAAUGGCGAUGGCAAUUCCUUUUUAUCUGGGAUCCUACUUUGCCAUUGACAUGUGUUUUGGAAGUCUCAUUCUGUUCAUAUGGCAGAAGAUAAACAGGGCCAAGGCCGACGCCUUUGGACCAGCCGUAGCCUCGGGUUUGAUAUGUGGAGAUGGGAUAUGGACGCUGCCGAGUUCUGUACUGGCCCUGGCAGGGGUGAAGCCACCCAUCUGCAUGAAGUUCAUCUCCAGAGGAACUAACAACAGGAUCGAUCAAUUUUUAGGAUCCUAAAGUGUUGAAACAGAUCAAUGUAAUUGUGCCUUUACAGCCAAUACCAUGUUUUUGUUUUGUUCUUCUGUAGGGGUUGUGUAAAGUAAACAAGUUAUAUUAUGCACACAGAUGCUAGUUGAAUAUAAUCAAGAAAAGUGUGUUUGUAUUGCAGGAAAUGGAACAUUAAAUCGACCAAAGAGAAUUUGUCA